ACACUCUUGACGUGUUCUAAACAAAUUACGUAUUAAUCAAUUGAGUGAAUCAUCACACCUGGAGACUGCAGUUGUAGCUACCAUCUACCAGACUUGUACACGGGCUCUAGUGGGUCUCCUGGCCAACCCAAGGUAAUAUAGGACCUCUCUUCUGACAACCUUCCAACUGAUAACGUUCAGGUCUUUCACGCUGCAUCCAGCAGUCUCUCCCUUCCAUGGCAGUCCAAGUGUGUAUUGGUACUAUUUGACCUCGAAGGGGAAUAUGUUAUUAAUGGUUAAUGCCUUUUUCACAUUUGAUUUUUAUUGAUUUAUUAUUGUCACGAUACAGAUAUGCAGUGAAAAAUAUUUGCCUGCUAUCCAGGUCGGUCACCCAUAGGUGAAUACAAUUAAACCAUCCGGGAUAUAGCAAUCCAGCUACAAAGAAAAUGAAGAUCAAAGAAAGAAUUCAAUGGUCACAACAAGGUAGAGAGGGACAAAUCAGUGGGUCAAUACUCAAGAAACGGGACGCUCUUCAUUUUGACGGAAGUCAUAAUUAGAGUGUUCAUCUUUUGUCACUCAAGCGCACCUCCAAGACGUGCUCCAAGACAAGCAAAUGAACUUGAAUAUGAAAAAUAGCAUGUAAUUGGCAAAUAAAUUUUGUUGACAGAAAUCCCUGGAAAAGAACAUUUUAUUUUCUUCUAAAUAGAAUCGUAAAUAUAAACUGAAAUUAAUAUAGCCAAUAAUACACUGAAGCGUUAAAGUUAAACAUUGAAAUAUAGACGCAGUGGGUGUCUUGCACCUCGUUUCUCAAAGACAAUUAUGGCAAAAAUAGGUCAACAAUGGUUAAAUCUACCUCAGGAUAUAUUGUUGGAAGUAUUUCGGUAUCUUUCAUUUGAGGAAAUGGCUAAUGUUCGUGCAACUUGCAAGUAUUUCCAUCAAUUGAUUGACCAUCCUACUCUGUGGCUGAACAAGACGGUUGUCCUAAAACGUUUACAAAGCUGUAACUCCUGUUUUUGGACAACACUCAGAAAAAGGAGAAUAAGAUGUCUGGUGAUUAAGGAAGCAACAUCGAAGCAAUUGCAGAAGAUGGUUAAUUUAAUUCCUAACUUGACAUCUGUUUCUAUGAAUGUGAAAAUGAACACGGAAAGACUGCGUACCCUGAGACCACUGGCAAACUUGCAAAACCUGCAGCUGAGUAACAGUUCAUUAGUGCUAGACCAAGAGUUGCUGAGCGAAGUGGUUACCUUCAAACAAUUGACAACAUUGGUUUUAUGUUCUUCGUUAUUUGGCCGUAGCAGUUCGCUGUGCCUCCUUGCAGAUUUAAAAAAGUUGCAAUCUUUGACACUUCAUAUAAGGCAGAAGAACCCUCCAUUGUUAUCAUUUCAGUAUAUUUUGUUCCGGUUGCCAAAACUGAGAGAACUGUCAUUGAGUUCUGUGGACACUUGGGAGAAUUUAUCACUGUGUUUUACAGCACCAGAAAUUAGGACUUCUAAACAGCCAGAUGGGUUUGAGCCACCCUGCAUUUCACAGCUUCAGUUAGAGAGGCUGACUCUUCUCAAUAGCACAAAUGGUCCACUGUCCAGGAAAGCGCUCAACCAACUUCGGAAUGUCCGUAGCCUUUCUGUGAGUCUUACCAGGCCCUGCGUUUUAUUGAACACCAAUUUUGUGCAUAGCAUGCUGGACAACCUGCCAAAUAUUACUGAAUUAGAACUGUCCUGGAAUGGACCACUUGCUGAAUUUGUGAACGUUUUACCUUUGGAGCUCACAAAAAUUGAUUUGAUAAAUGCAAGACUUUCGAAUGUCGAUGUACAGCUUCUCUCUGAUUCUUCAGGAAAAAGCCUUAAACAUCUAAGCUUGGUCCUCUGCAAUGGUAUUACUGAAACAAUGUUAAAGCAACUGCCCAAGCAGUUUCCUUUCUUGCAGACCCUAGACCUAAGUGGUUAUAGAUUGUUGAAUCAAGAAAAUUUGUUUGGCUUGGUGGAGAUGCCAUUUCUCAAGGAAAUCGUAAUUUCGAACAAUCCACAUCUAACGGGCACAGUGAUGAAGCAAUUUCGGACUUUAACUGACAACAGAGUACACGUGACUCAGAAGAGCAAAAGAAAUUACAAUGGAUGUGAUUGCAUAUUUUAUUCACAGUUAUUGAGUUGAUGAAUGAGAGAAUAUUUUUGGAUGAUGAAGACAUAGCUUGAUUGAGCGCUGAUUAUAAAUGCUGCAUAGAAUAAGCAAGAUGUGACUGGUUUGACAACUUCUGGGUGCAAUUGAGGCAGAGGCCCAACAUUCACAGAAUUUCAAAUGGGGAAAAUGCCAAUUGAAUCAGAAGCGUAGAGUUCUCUAAUAUUUGAAUUAUUAUAAAACUUAUCUGUUAUCUGGUAUUCUAAAUUAGGUGCACACUUACAUUUUAUGUGCUUAAAAAAAAAUAUCUCUUUCUGAUAUAAAGCCUCAAGCGUAUUUUAGGAUCAUUUGUUUCUCAUAAGAAAUGCAAGUUUCAGAUUUUUACAAUGAUUUUCAUGUUUAUGAUUGCUCCUAUAGAAAAGGUGUCAUAGUCAUAGAGUGUGGAAACGGGCCCUUCAGCCCAACUCGCCCACACCGGCCAACAAUGUCCCAGUUACACUAAUCCCACGCCU